GGUAUAACUCCAGUGUACUGUGCAGUAGGUCUAUUUGCAAAUUGCACGCAACAUAUCCAAGAAAUUGGAUUGUAGUAGACUAAUCAGAGGAUUGAUUCAGGGCCACCACAGGCACCUUUUAUAGUCUACAGGAAUAUUGAUGUGGUUUAAAAAUGUAAAAGUAUGCGAGGGCUUGCCAUGCUGUAUGUCGCGUAUCUCUAGCUCCCCUGUAGGCUUGGGCUACCAAAGAGCAUUGAAAUAAAGCGAGCCGUCGAACUAGUCUGGCUACUACUCUCUCCCCGGCACGGAAACCGGUUGCUGUCAGAAUACGGCACAACCUAAUUAUUUCAUUUCAAGGGAGACAAAUUUACUUUAAAUUCGGGAGUUCGUAAAGCCUACUACACAGGUGAAGAAGACCAACCUCACAUCAAAGCGGCGCACGAGAUUAUCGUGAAUUUAUUUGGAGUGCAGUAGCUCUGGAAAACAACCAGAAAAAGAGUGUGAGGGGGGGAAAGAGGGAAAAAGAGCAAGACCAUGGCUCAGAUUAAGCUGCAGAAUGUGGAGGACUACUAUGAGAUUGGAGAGGUUCUUGGCAGUGGUCACUUUGGGCAAGUGCGUGCGGUGCUGGAGCGGGCGUCCGGGGUCCACUGGGCGGGGAAGUUCCUGAAGCUGCGUCGGAGCGCUAGUAGCCGCCUGGGCCUGGAGAAGAAGAGUGUGGAGACGGAGGUGGAGAUACUGCAGAGCCUGCAGCACGCCAACGUCAUGGCCCUCAGGGACGUGUUUGAGAGUCGCGCCGAGGUGGUGCUCAUCGUGGAGCUUAUCAGUGGUGGGGAGCUGUUUGAUUUCAUAGCAGAGAAGGAGAGCCUGUCUGAGGAGGAGGCCAUAGAGUUCUUGAAGCAGAUCCUCAUGGGAGUGGGCUUUAUGCACACUAAGAACAUUGCCCACUUUGACCUCAAGCCAGAGAACAUCAUGCUGGCUGACAAGACGAUUCCACACCCCCACAUCAAGAUCAUUGACUUUGGACUGGCCCAUCGCUUCAAACAGGGAGAGGAGUACAGGAGCCUAUCUGGGACCCCACAGUACAUCUCCCCUGAGGUGAUUAACUACGAACCCCUGAGCGAGGCAGCCGACAUUUGGAGUAUUGGUGUGAUAACCUACAUAUUGUUGAGUGGUUUGUCCCCCUUUCAAGGAGAUAAUGAUGAGGAGACACUAAAGAACAUUGUGGGGAUGAUCUAUGAUUUUGAAGAGAACUAUUUCAACCAGACCAGCACCAUGGCCAAAGACUUUAUUGAGAAACUGCUGGUCAAAGACCCAAUAGAGAGAAUGACAGCGGAUGAAUGUCUAGUACACCCUUGGAUCAAGCCCCUCACGCGCAAACAGGCGGAUAACAGAAGUCGAUCGUCCAUCAACAUGAAAAGCUUCAAGAAGUUCAACGCCAAAAGGAAAUGGAAGAUGUCGUAUAACAUGGUGUGGGCGUGUAACAGAUUAUUUCGCCUGCAGUUGCAGUGUAAAAGCAGGUCCCAGGAGGACCCAGAACUGAGGCAGUGUGAGAGCGACCAGGAGGACACGGAGACCAAGCCUGCUUCUCUCAUUCGCCGCAGACUCAGCAGCAGUUCCUAAAUAAGACCACUGGGGUCACUAACACAGCCUCAGACCACCUCUAUCCAUCCCACCAUGGGGAAAUGGAGAGAAGCCUUUUGUGAGUGUACCAAUCACAAUACGAGUAACGAACCUGUGAUGUACCAAUCACAAUACGAGUAACGAACCCGUGAUGUGCAGGUGCCUAAAGCCAGUGUUAGUCCACAGAGUUGAAUCUUAAUGUCUCAGACACGGUUCCUGAUAAAACCACUGUAGUUUACCAAACUGCUUCUGUUACACUUCACCCCCAUUUGACCUAGUAUUUGCCUGUGCCUUUUAUGUAUUUUCCUGUGCCUUUUAUGUAUUUGCCUGUGCCUUUUAUGUAUUUGCCUGUGCCUUUUAAGUUUGACACAUUUAUUUUCUGAAAAUGCCAAAACAUUUGUUUAGGUUUGAUGGUGCACGGGAUAAAGUUUGUCACACUUAUAGCUAACCUCAAUUGCAAUUAUUAUACCUUACAAUAUUAUGUGGUUAAAAGCCUUAUCAAACUUCAUCUUAGAUAUACUUUAUUGAACAUUUCAACUAUCUUUGGCUUAUGUCAAAGGUCAAAUUUAUAGUUGUUUUUGAAAGGGAAAGCUACUUUAUAACAUUGUGUAGGCUUGUUUUUUUAUAUAUAAUAAUGAGAGUUUAAUACUGACAACAACCAUGUUUUGUGAAUUCUGUGAUGGUGAAUAAGAAAAUGUUAGUCUAUGACGUUAAAGCUAUUACAGUAUAUACGUUUGUUACUUUGAAAGCCCACAAUUUUUUAAAGACAGCAGACUACUUGUACUGGUUGAGUUAUCAGUUUCUGUGGCACAUGAUGUUACCAUAUUUGAACCAUGAGGUCAAGAUAGUCAGUGAACUGCAACCUGUAUCUUACUUGACCACUGCGAACCUAUAGUUAACAUCACAAUCAUUGUAAACGUUCAUUGUAACA